AUUGUCAGAUCUCCUGAAUUAAGAGCCGGUCCGUCGAUGGUCCGUAGCUGCGAAACUCCAGAGGUCUGAUCAGUCGCGGUUGUUUGGCCGUGCGGUCCGGCAGUCAGUCGGUAAGUCAGUCAGCCACCACUGGAGAGGGUCACACGCAUACAUCCACUCGCGGUCUAACGCUCUACCUACGCAUCCUCAUCCCGACCGAAUAACACGUUCGUGUCCAUUGUCCUUUGCACUCCCGUACGUCCUAAGCUUCCUCUUCCUUCUUCGUAUACUUCUCCUAGUGCUUCGUGACUUUCGAACUCGUCGUCGUCUGCACGAGUAUUCGACAAUUUAACGCGACCCACUGACUUUUGGUGGAACAAGCGAGGAACGAUCGAAGGAAGGAUUAGAAGGGAAAAAACCCCGGCGACGCCUGAGCGGAGGGGUGAAAGAGGUAAUAUGAAAACGAGGUUUUCACCGCACCGGAACGGAAGGAGUUGACGAGAAACAAAUUUUUAGAACACAGUCACACACACACAUACACACACACGCAUUCGACUUUUUUACUAUACGUACAGAUGAGUGAAUUUUAAUUCGAAGACAUAUAUCCACACACCGCAGCAACCGGAGACCAAUCAAGGUUAACCAUAAAAAGAAGAGACGCGACAAGAAGAGCGAGAAAAAAAAAGGAAAAAGAUACGAAAAGCCGAAACUAAAUUUAACAGAGCGUGAAGUGUGACAUACGCAUGCAUAUGCAUGUGUCUACAUAAUUCGUAAAUAAACAGAAGAGGCAACAAGGCGAAAACUCCCAACUAGUACUACACUACCACCACCACCACUACUACUAUUACUACUACUACCACUACUACUACUACUACUACUCUACUACUAUUACUACUACUACCACUACUACACUACUACACUCCAGCUAAGAACAUGGAUCCGUACUCGCUGAGUGUUGAGAAGGAGGCGUCGAAAAAUAUCGAGGAAAAUGAACGAGAAUGUUUUAAAGAUGCAAUUGUCUCCUCGCGAAGUCUCAAUAAGGGGUUCAGAGAACCACCUUCCAUCAAGGCUGCAUUGCCACAGUUUGCAGCCUGCGUGAUGGCAACGUCGUUUCACGUCGCUGUCGGGAUAGCCAUGGCAUAUUCUGCAGUUUUAGUUCCACAGCUCGAGAAGAAUCAAGAAGACCUUCCCACUACAAAAACCGAAACCUCAUGGAUGGCCAGCAUUGUCGUGCUGAGUGUGCCAAUUGGUGCACUGAUUGGCGGAUUCUUCACUGAAGCUAUCGGCAGUCUGAAAACAAUUCAGCUUGCUGCAAUCCCCAGCACCAUUGGUUGGAUAAUGAUUGCGCUAGCUACCAAUGUUCCAAUGAUAUUGGUAGGUCGAGUCCUAACCGGAUCGGCUUCUGCUAUGGGAACGGCUCCAGCUAUGGUUUACAUCACUGAAGUUGCUGGACCGGAAUUCAGGGGAUCUCUGCUUGCAGCUGGACCAGGUCUGGCUUCCUUCGGAAUGGUCCUAUCUUAUAUUAAGGGUGCAUACUUGGACUGGCGCGUUAUUGCUUGGAUCAGCAUUAUUUAUGCUGCCAUACCAUUGGUAUUAUUAAUAUUUUUACCAGAAUCUCCUAUGUGGCUUAUCGCGAAGGGAAGGCCCGAUGCAGCCAAGAAAUCCCUCGAAUGGAUAUACAGAUUUGCACCAAAAGUAGGCAAAGUCACGGCAGCUGAGGAUAUGUACAAUACAAUUUUGAAAGAACAUGAAAUUAGACUAAGCGAACAACGAAGGAGCAAGCAUGAGGGUACAAGUGCUAAGUUACGCUCCUUCCUCAAACCAACCGGUUGGAAACCAAUGUUCAUUUUGAUACUGCUCUUCCUAUUCCAACAGUAUUCCGGGAUCUAUAUCACUUUGUUCUAUGCGGUUACAUGGUUUGAGGAAGCUGAGGUAAAUGUAGAUCCAUACAAAGCGUCGAUCUGGGUUGGCUUGACCCGACUCGUUUGUUCAAUAGGUAACACUUAUUUAUUGAGACGAUUUAAGAGAAGGAUGCUAUGUAUAACAUCGUCUGUCGGCAUGGCAAUUUUUAUGCUGAUAUCCGGCUAUUAUACGUAUUCUAUGAAGAUUCAGAAGGUUAACUUAGGAGACUGGAUACCAGUUGCGUGUUUACUGUUUUACGUUGCCACAUCCAUGAUCGGGAUGUUGACGAUACCAUGGACCAUGACGGCGGAGCUGUUUCCAACGGACAUCCGAGGUUUAGCUAAUUCUAUUAUUUAUUCGAUAGGAAAUGUUCUAAUGUUUGCGGCAGUCCAAUCUUACAGAGGUCUCACCGAUUUGUUUGGAGGAUCACAUGGUGUCCAAUGGUUCUUUUCUGCAGUCUCACUGGGCACAGCAGUCUUUGUUUAUAUUAUGCUCCCAGAGACUCAUGGCAAAAAAUUAUCAGACAUUGAAGAAUACUUUGAAAAUAACUUUGUGGCAAUCGGUUCACAAUCGAAAGUAAAGAAGCGAAAUGUUCACAAGAUCACCAAGCAAGAUGCAAAUGCAGCCGUGUCUGAACCUCUCAAUCCAAAGUCAAAAGAGAUGGUAUAAUGUGUAUUAUAAAUUCGACUGUAGGAUAUGGUCGAGUAGAGUAUGUUUAGAAAAUUUAUACAAGCGACUCGUAUAACAAUAAUAUCAGCGAUGACACCAUGAACUUCAUUGGACAACUAUUCAGCUGAGAAUGUUUGAAAUCACGUUUACAAAUCUUACGUAUUAAUUUAAAUUGUUACUUUGUAGAUUUUGGUUUUAUACUCGAACUAAGAUACUUCGUGUAAUCUGGCUGAUUAACUGUAUUGUACGAUAGGUCUUACCUCAGAUACAUAUAAUUGUAUGAUAAAAUGUUUGUACUUAGCGGCGAGAGAAUGACAAAGAAUUUGUUGACCGUAUAUCCAUUUUGAUAUUAGUGAAAAACAAUUUAGAUCAAGAUUUCUUCGAAUCAACAUUUCUACAUAUUCGCAUACCGUUGCAAUAACAAAGCUAGGAGUUAGACAAGAUUUUGUAAACACAUUCCAGACAAAUUCAAACAAAUGCAAUUAGCGUUGUAAGAUGCUAACCAUACAAAUAUAUGUAUAAAUAUUUAUAGCGUAUAGAUAGAAGUAAUUGACAAACUAUUCAUUGACUAGAAAUUCAAAUUCGUCUUUUCAGUGAACACUACACUUGUUAUUCAUCAUUUACUUUUAACUUAUAAUUUAUAACAUCUUCAAACAUAUUUUUGAACAUGAACCCGUUGUGACCUCUUUGCUGUAGAAGUGUUACUCGAUUUUCUAGUAGCGGCAGGUCAAAGAUGUACUGAGUAAAUAUGGAGAAUGGUGCCUUCACUACACGUAUCUCAAAUCUAUUUAUUAUGUUGAAAUGCGAAAGCAACACUAGUUGUUACAUAGUUGAAAAUUACGCGAAUCCGUUGUGUUAAAAAAAUUAAUUAUUGUAAAUUGAAUUAAAAUAAAUGUGAUAUACAUGUA